GCGGGAAAUGAAACUGACUAUGAGGGCGUUUACUGGUAUCCCGGGGAUCCUUCAAGUGGGAGGAACACCGCAGAAAGUGACACAAUCGCAACAAACACGACAUUAGGCGCCAAUCACUACGGUCCUAACAACGUGUCGGGAGCCGGACUUCCUCGAGCCUCGAACACCCUUUCAGCCAAUGAGUAUGCCAGCGAUGCGUACACCGAAAUUCCGGGUAGGCUUCUUUGA